CGUGUUUCUGCUUUGUGCACACACUGAACGGCUGUAAUUCGUGUGUUCAACGCUGUUUUCAACGCUAGCGAGCUUGCUGCCGUUAAUUAUUCAAAGGGAGAAACCGAAGGCAGUCUCACAGGCACCAUGCGAAUCGAAGCAGAGGACUCCUUCUGGCUGGAAAAGGCGGUCUGCUGCCGUGCGGAACGACAGUACUACGAGACACUCAAUCGGCGGAAAACCAGUCUUCCCGCCGCCGCCCCCCUGAGAGCGCCUGCCCCCGCGCCGGCCAUAGUCGCGCCCAACAUAUCCGCCCCCUCGAAGAAGGCCAAGAAGAAAAACAAGACGAUGGCCGAGAAGGAGCCGCCAAACAAACUGCUUUACAUGAAUCCGCUGACCAUGGAGGCCAACUUCUUCCUCGAGACCCUCAACUCGGUAAACCAGAAGGCCAAUCCGCCGCAGCUGGAUCCGCACCUGACCAAGCUGCUGGAGCGCAUUAUGGUGGGCAUCGAGAACUACAUGGACAGGAAUCCCACGUACGUUCUGCCCCAGGACAAGGCCGCCCCGGGUGAGGGCGUGGUCUUUGUCCAGCCCAAGGAGCUGCAGACGAUCAAGCGCACCUUCAACUGCAGUGCCUGUAGCAACCGCAUCGUGGGCACAUCCAUCGCCAAGGCGGUGGCCCACCUGUCGGAGCAGCACCCCAACCCCAACCCCAACCCCAACAAUCAGCCAGUUCAGGCACAGCCGGCGCACCCGACACACCCGUCCAGGCAGGAGAAGAAGCAGACCCUGGUGAAGGCCCGUCAGCAGAUGACGGUGCAGCUGCCCAAGAAGGCCAAAGCAAUGAUUGUGGGCGAGAUCACGAAUGUGUUUAAGGACAAGUACCCCAUAGCAGACAAGUUGAAGGUGAUUCCCGAGUACGACAUCAUCGAACAGGCUCUUUGCAAUCUGUUAUCUCCGGGCUUCCCCAAGCAGCCGCUGCGCGUCUACAAGUUUGGCUCUCGCAUCACCGGCAUAGGUUCACGGUCCUCGGAUCUCGAUGUUUUUGUGGAUAUUGGCAACACCUUUCAUACGUUCGAACACCGUGCUUCCAAUACGACCAUCACCAAGCUGCGGGCGAUGCGAAAGUUCUUCUGCGGCAGCGACGAUUGGCGCAUUAUUAACGUCAUUGAGCAGGCCCGAGUUCCCAUUAUCAAGACCUGCCAUUUGCCCACCGGCAUCGAGUGCGAUAUUUGCCUAAACAGCUUGGGCUUCUGUAACACAAAUCUGUUGAAAUACAUAUUCGAGUCACAGCCACUGACUCAAUAUAUGUGCAUAUAUGUAAAGAACUGGCUGGAGCGCUGCAAGCUGACGGAGCAGAUCUCGACGUACAGCAUUACCCUGAUGGUCAUCUACUUCCUGCAGCUCCAGCACCUCCUCCCGCCCAUAGCGGUGCUGCAAAUGGAGGAGUCCGUCAAUCAGGGCGUGCUCGUGGGACCGUGGGUUGUCAACUUCGCACAGAAAUCUCCCAGCGAGCUGGGACUGCAGCAAGUAGUGGUGACUGUCCCCGUGGUGAAGGGCUAUCUUCGGUCCUUCUUUGCGUACUUUGCCAAAUUCGACUAUGAACAUUUCUUGGUCUGCCCAUACUUCGGCCAGGCUGACGCCGAGAUACAAAACAUUGAGAGGAUUCUGCCUACCAGGUAUUCCGCAUAUGUGUUGGAGAAUCCAGACUGCUCACUGCAGCUUCGAAAACCGAUGGUGGUGCAGGAUCCCAUACAGCUGAACCACAACGUGACCAAAGCAGUGACCAAAUACGGACUGCAAACGUUUGUGGACUACUGUCAGCAGACAGCUGAACUACUGGAGGAGCCGUCAACCAAUUGGCGCCAGCGCACUACAUAAUCCCCGAGCGAGGAUUAUCCAAUCUCACUUCCGUCGCUGGCUUGAUAAAUUUCUGCUUUUUGUUGGCGAAAGACCUAUUCUGGUCUCGUCUGAUUGUACAUUUUAGGCGUUUGGCACGUCUCGACAAUAUACAAUACACUAUGUAUAA